AUGGCAACUUCUAAGAUUGUCGUCAUCACCGGCGCCAACUCCGGCAUUGGCUACGCUACUACAAAUUUUAUUGCCUCGCAUUCUGGCUAUCAUGUGAUAAUGGGUUGCCGCGACACAAAGAAAGGACAAGCCGCUCUAGACGAGAUCAAAAGCAGCGGCAAUAUUAAGGGAACUCUUUCCGUCCUUCAGCUCGACGUGACAGAUGAUUCUUCCAUUGCCGCGGCCGUUUCUCAAGUCGAAAAAGAGUUUGGCCGCGUCGAUGCAUUUAUCAGCAACGCCGGAAUCACCGCUCAUGGGUACAGCGCUCGGGAGCAACUGAACAAAAUUUUCGCUACAAAUGUCAUGGGGGCAUUCCUCACAUCACAGUCAUUCGUGCCCCUAUUACUCAAAUCCGAACACCCUUGCUUGAUUCAAGUGUCCAGUGGCCUAGGCUCACUUGGCCUAGCUGCCAACCCAGCUGAUCCCCACUAUAAUGCGCCCUGGGAAGGCUAUCGAAUGAGUAAAGCUUCGUUAAACAUGGCGACGCUCCAGCAGCAUAAGCAACUCCAUAGCCAGAAUGUUCGAGUUUUCGCAUACUGCCCAGGUUUGGUUAGGAGCAACCUGCGGGGGGAAUCCGAGGAUGCGGUUAGCGCUGGUGGGGCCGCUGGAGACCCUAUGAAUUCUGCAAGGGGGCUUUUCGAUAUAAUUGAAGGUAAACGUGAUUCUGAAGCUGGGCAAUUCUUAAAUGCCAAUGGCAUAUAUCCGUGGUAA